UCUGUUACCGCACCGCGUUUUGAAACCUCACCGCUUUAUACAACAUAAGUAAGACGUGAGUACGCGUCUUGCAACGGCGACGCAUUUUACCAACACUGAUUCGAAACUUGUACCAGGUCGAAGUUGUAUGUGGUACUGAUCUCUUUUAAUAUAUUUUGUAUAUUUGAGUUGGACUGACAACGCAAGGGCACAGGUUAUAUCGUUAUGGCGGAAGCAGCCCCCGCAAAAGGAGAAGAAUUACAGACACUUUUACACAAAGGAUGUCAUUUUCUGAAGAUGCGCUCUCGUGGACGCACGUACAAAAGAUUCUACGUCGUGGACGAACAAAACAGACUAGUGUACGAUGGCUCCAAGAAGCCAGGAAGAAAAAAGAACGAGGAAAUCGUCGUUGAUAUAUCUGACAUAACAGAUAUAAGGGAAGGGUGGGAGACAGAAACCUUCAAGCAAAAGAAGAAAAAGAAUGUGCAGCAAACCUGCUGCUUUUCUCUGGUCUUUGGACCAAAAGACAAAACGUUAGACCUAGUUGCUGACACGGAAGAACUAAGAGACAAGUGGGUGAAGGGGCUGCGAUUCAUGCGCAAGAAAAAGAAAGGAGGAGAAAUUACUAGUCACUUUGAAGAUGAUAUUAAUGUGGCGCACUUGAUGUCUGCAUACACUAUUGCUGGCUUCAACAUCUCAACAUGGAUUUUUUACAAGUACAGUNAAGGGUUGGGUUUUUGUAUAAUCCUUCAGUCUUUCUGCAUCAUCUUCAGUGUCACGGACAACAUCCUUUGGUUUAUGACCUUCUUUGGAAGGUAA